AUGAUGCUAGACGAGUGCUGGUUCAUUGUGAACGGUAUUCCGAUAAGAUACUCGGUUAGAGAGCAUGCUCUAAUCACCGGGUUGUCGUGUGGUCCGCUUCCAGAUAAUUACGAUAGAAAGUCGAGUCGUUGUGACUUUAUCAAAAAACAUUUUGGAGGGACCUCCAAAAUAGAUUUCUUAACUGUGAAGAAGAAGUUAGAGGCUAUGACAGAAGAAGAAGGUGAAGGUGAUGAUCGCUUAAAAAUUGCUGUCUUGUACUUCUUGACAUCUGUUAUCGCCGGAAAGAAGAAACAUAUUACAAAAAUAGAUGACUUUUUGGUAAACAUAGUUGAUGAUCUGCCUCUUUGUAGACGCUUUCCUUGGGGAAGCUAUACGUUUAAGAACUGUGUUGCAAAAAUCCGAAACUACGUAGAAAACCAGAAAGGCAUUCCGAAUACUUCAUUUUGUUUUGAGGGAUUCUACCUUGGUUUGGAGUGCUUGGCAAUUGAGAGCAUUCCAAACCUGAAGAAUUCACAUCUAAAAGAUGUAGCGGAAGCAAAUAAUGCAUGUCCUCGAAUGUGCAAAAGUCAUUUCGUUGACUACGAUCUCAGAGGUUUUCCUCUAGAGCGCAUAUAUGAGCAUCUUGGCGAAACCAAGGAAAUUCAGAGUAUCUUGGAACCUGAAGCAGAUGAACAACAUCUUGUGGCCAACAUAGUUGAAAACGCUGAUUAUGUUGACAGAAUAGUUACCUGGAAUGCUGCUCUAAGAGAUAAUCAGGUCGUGUGUUGGGAAGAUCUCUAUGAUAGAGAUGUGUCAAAUCGAGAAAUAGAAAUGACGACGAAAGAAAAUGAUAAAGAAGCUCAAGUUGGGAGAAGAGGUCAAGUUCAGAAAGCAGUGCCAAGAAAAAAAGAUGACAGAUAUAUGAAUCGCCUUAAACGACAGCUUUACCGGAGAAUUGACCAGAGGGUUGCGGAAGUGGGAAAAAGUCUUCUGAAUCCGUCUCAGUCUAAUAUCGAGGAAAGAGAAGAGGAAAGAGAACAGGGGCUAGGGACUGUAGGUGGAACGGAUCAUUUUGCUCGCGAAGUUCUAACGAAUGUUACUCCCAUGCACCCUUCAGCGUCUCGUUCUCCUACUAUUCCCGUGAUUGAUGCAGGAAAGCAGAAGGGAACGCGUGAGAUUUUGAAGUGCUACUUGAUCAACCCUAAUGGUAGUAAGGAUGUUGUUGCAAUAGGGGUUAGAGAUCCAAGCCGUUUAGUUAUCCACAGUGUACCCGUGAAGCCUCAUGAAGUUGUUGUGACAGUUUCUGAGGUCAAGAUAGACAUACCUGUUUGGGAACCAAAAGAUGACGUUGAGAUGCUAAGUAAUGCAGUUGGCGCAUACAUUGUCUGGCCAAAGGACAGUGUAUUACCUUAUGAGGAUGAGGAUGAAGAAGACAAGGCAGAAGACAAGGACAAUCUCUACCAAAGCGACCAACGCACAAGAAAAAGAAAAAGAGGAAAAGCAGAAGAGUCACCGCAGUGA